UAGCAUUCAAUAAUAUUCUGGAAGGGUCUGUCGAACCACGAGACCGGAGGAAACUGCGAGUUCUUCCAAUCUCUCUCCACAAUCAUACAUCAGCAAAUCAUAACCGAAGGAAUUCUUGUUGUCAUCGAUCGUCUCCUGACGUUGAAAUUCAUAUCACCAAACGGCGACACUAAUCUCCUCCUGAGAUCGCCACUCAUCAAAACUGUUUCCGCAUCACGCUCAGGCCUCGGCUGCUUUCGCUUCUUCAAUUCAUUCUUCUUCUUCCUCGCCUCUCUCUCUCUCUCUCUCGAGUGGGAUAAGCAGAAGAACAGGGACGGCGGGGAAGAACCGGAGAAAUGUCGUCGUUUGAGGGAGGCGGAGGCGGGGAGAAGAAGUACGUGGAGUUCUGUACGGGCGUUAAUGGCCUCGAUAAGGUCAUCCUGCGCGAGGUCCGUGGCCAAUCUGCUGAGGUUUACUUGAAUGGAGGUCAAGUCACAUCUUGGAAGAAUGAAUAUGGAGAAGAAUUGCUUUUCCUUAGUAGCAAGUUUGGAAUGCAUGGUUCCCUUGAACAACAUGGAUUUGCAAGAAACACCGUUUGGACCAUCGAUAAAGACCCUCCUCCAUUUCCUACAGUUAGUUCCAAUAAGGCCUUCAUUGAUUUAAUACUUAAACCAUCCGAAGACGAUCCAAAGAGCUGGCCUCACAGAUUCGAAUUUCGGAUAAGGAUAACUCUGGGACCUGGAGGAGAUCUGAUGUUGACAUCCCGCAUCCGGAAUACAAAUACUGAUGGGAAACCUUUUACAUUUACCUUCGCCUAUAACAACUAUUUCUACCUCACCGAUAUCAGGUUUUCUCAUGACCUUCUUUAAUUGUUUCUGUAUCUGAGUAUGGGACCACGGGUCCUCAUUCUGUAGGUUUUGCUGCUAUUGGAUGCAUUCUGUUGAAUGGAAAAGUUUUACUACUUAUCCUUAAUGUUCAAUUCAAACAUUAUGCGUGUCCAUGCAUGGUGCUGUAGUCUAGUGUACUAUUAACUUGUUGACAGAGUGCUUUUCUUAGGGUUCCGUGGUUCUUUGUAUACCAGCCUGGGCUGAUAGAGGUCCUCCAAUGCUUUGUUAGUUUGUUGCGCUAUCCAAUCACGAGUGAAGAAUCAGUAAGUGAGAGUAUGAUGUCCCUACUGUAGAAUGUAGUUCAGUGGUACUUAAGUAAUCUGGAGCGGAUUCAUAGUCAUAUACAGUUCAGAAGCUUAACAUUCCUUCCUAGUCAUAAAUACCUCUUUACGGAUAGCAAGUGUGGCUGCUGCAAACUCUCUAAAUUAUAACUUGGAGUUGUGUGCAUGAGUGCAUCGUGAAGUUAAAUUAUGUGCAAACUAGAAGCCUUUGCAACAACCUGCCUGUAAAUUCAAUGUUUGUUCAUUUCAGAUAACAAUUAGUUUCAUUGAAAUGUGAAUUUCACUGGUUUCAUUGACAAAACAAUUUUCUGGUAUGUCUCUCCUUAAUGACCAAGACCGCUUUUUGCUUUCAUCUAGUGAAGUGCGGAUAGAAGGAUUAGAGACAUUGGAUUAUCUGGAUAACCUUAACAGCAGGGAUCGAGUUACUGAACAAGGCGAUGCCAUAACAUUUGAAUCAGAAGUUGACAAAGUAUACUUGAAGACUCCUACUAAGAUAGCUAUUUUGGACCAUGAGAGGAAGAGAACGUAUGUAUUGCGGAAAGAUGGACUUCCGGAUGCCGUUGUUUGGAAUCCAUGGGACAAAAGAGCGAAGGAAAUCGUGGAUUUAGGUGAUGAGGAGUACAAGCAUAUGCUGAUGGUAGGCGCUGCUUGUGUGGAGAAGCCGAUAACAUUGAAACCUGGGGAAGAAUGGAAAGGCAGGCAGGAGCUUUCAGCUGUUCCCUCUAGUUACUGUAGCGGACAACUUGAUCCGCAGAAGGUGCUCCGUUUAGGCUAGGAGAAUUCGGCAUUCGCGAGACCCUCCAUCUCUUAACAGGUAUCGUCCUCACCGUCAUUCAUGGCCUAGCUUCGAGUUAGCAAACUUCUUAAUACUUUCUCAGUAGAAGAAAAAUGCUUUGAUUUAAUGAAGGAUAUGUUGAUGCACGGGCUUGGUUUUCUAAUUAAUAUAAGAAAGCAAAAAAAUCCCAGGGGCCAGGUGCUCCUUUGUAGAAAGCUGCCAAGUUGGUGCAGAAGCUUAAUUUUUGGAGGAGGGCAGUUAGAGAACGUUGCGUAUAAACUACAGGACUUGUGUUGAGUACAAUUGUAAACAAAGCAUCCUUACUCUGUUAGGUAACUCUCCCAGUAAGAUGGUAGAAAAUGAUGGACAGUUCUUAUUUUCUGUUUUUUGGAAUGGAAGGAAGGAGUUGUUGAUAUUUUUAUUUUGGUAGAAGAGUUAUUGAUAUUUUUAGGAUAGAACCAGAUCAUGCGAAAUUGUCAAAGACAAACACCAACUCCAAUUUUUUUAACAUAGACUUCACCGACUUGGAUUGCAUAUAGCAAUCUCUGACGACGGAUCAAAGCAGCAGCAGGAGCAAGAGAGCAACUAAUAUUUAUGCUAUUUACAAAAAACGGGUUGUCGCAAGGUUCUAUUCUGCGACAUUAAUAAAAACAAGAAGAUACGGAUCAUGAGAGAACUCUUUCUUUCUUUCAAUAACAACAGCACUGUAGCAUGCGCAGGUGCAAUGACGGCUGCCUGGGUAGUUGGUGGUCGGAGAAUAGAUCGACGUCGACGAACUCUGCGACCGAGGCUCUGGUUUUUUUUUUUCUGGUAGCAAUCUCAGGCUAUAUCCGCCGCGAGAGGCGAAGUGGAGCCACACGUCCUCCUCGCAUUCGACGACAGGAAGAUUCGCCAGAACGGCCGGUUCCGCUUGAGAAGAUCGCCGGCGGUGGUGCGGCCGCCGCCGUUGACCAUCUCGAGUUCGGAGCGGCGCAGCAUUUCCCACAUGACCUGGACGUCCUCGUACCCGCAAGUCUGGACGUCGUUGUGGAGCAUCAGAAUCCCGCCACCUGUUACAAAACGGGGAAACACCCCACUCUCCGCCGUUAGUCCGUUUCUAUCUUCUUGGCAGCUUUGUCGACAUGAACUCUGAUGAUUAAUUAAUUAAUAAUAAGAGGAUGUAUAAUAUCUAGCUAGUGACUGAGGUUGUUCCAAGUGGUAAUGCCGCUUUCCGUAAGCGACAAAUUACAUAUUGUUUUAUGGGCUGCGUCGGUGGAGGAGGCGGGGUCAGCAGCCACAGCGUCCAUUGAAAAUCCGGAUUAUUAGGGGCCACACUCAUUAGAACUCGAAUUAAAUCGAGUAGGUCAAGAUCAUAAAACGGUAAGGACGAUCUUGAAUCUCAACAGCC